ACUGUAUGAGAACGACGUGCAACGUAAAUGGGUCAACCUGUAGCACAUGCAGCUAGUUAAUUAGGUCAAGUGAACGGAUUGGGUCGACAACAACAGUACUAGUACAGGGAACGUACAACGGGUUGGGACAUGGUUUGAUGGUUGCUGGAUGGUCCAUAGCUGUGUAGAGCUUGGUCAGCUGCUGCAGGGAGUAUGAAAAGAUCAGUUGGACAGAUCAAGGCAGUUCUGAAGAGUGAAAGACAGCAGUACAAGACUCGAUGGCAAUUUAGCACAGCACCUUGUCUGCUGCAGCAGUCAGCCAUUUCUGGUCCUGCACCUUCAGCAACAGGAUUCAAUAAUUAUGAAGAGGGAAGACAGAAGUUUCAACUGAUUGUUCCUGAAAAAUAUAAUUUUGCUCGAGAUGUACUUGACCAGUGGUCUAGUAAAGCACAGCACAGCGCCAGGACUGCCCUAUGGUGGGUGGAUGACUAUGGACAGGAGUUCAAGUGGACAUUUAAACACAUGGAAAUACUGUCCAAGAGGUUGGCUAAUGGCAUGUCUGUGAAAUGUCAGUUGAAAGCGGGGGAUAGAGUGAUAGUUAUCUUACCACGGCUACCAGAAUGGUGGGUCAUCAACCUGGCUUGUAUGAGGAUAGGGCUAGUUCUGUGUCCAGGCACAGUGUUGCUGACCCCUAAAGACAUCAUGCAGAGGAUCCAGGCCUCUGGCGCCAAGUGUAUCAUCACUGAUGAGGCAGGUGCAACGGAGGUGCAGAAGAUUGCUAGAGAUUGCCCCACACUGAAGACUAAGGUUGUAGUUGGUGCAGAAAAAAUAAGGCCAGGCUGGUUUGGUCUUAGUCAUUUGAUGGAAGGGGGCAGCACUGAACAUAAGUGUAUAGAUAGUUUGAGUUCCGACCCCAUGACUCUGUUCUUCACCAGUGGCACUACUGGUCUACCCAAAAUGGUGGAACACACUCACGCCAGCUACGGGAUGGCACAUGUUAUCACUGGAAAAUACUGGCUGGACCUGACUCCAGAGGAUAUUCACUGGAACAUGUCAGAUACUGGGUGGGCCAAGUCUGCCUGGAGCAGCCUCUUCGCCCCCUGGAUACAAGGUGCUUGCAUUUUUGCACACCACAGUCCUAGUUUUGAUGCAGAACAAACACUGCGGAUGUUGGAGCAGUAUCCCAUAUCAACAUUUUGUACAGCACCCACAGCAUAUCGUAUGUUUGCCCAGCAAGACUUGAAAGACCGAGAAUUCAAGGCACUGAGACAUUGCCUUAGUGCUGGGGAACCACUGAAUCCAGAGGUGACAGAGGUGUGGGAGGAGCAUACUAAACAUACAAUCAGAGAAGGUUAUGGACAAACUGAAACAGUGCUGCUGUGUGGAAGUUUUAGAUGUCUACAGAACAAACCGGGAUCUAUGGGAAAACCAGCCCCUGGUUAUGACAUCCAGGUAAUUGAUCAGGAAGGGAACGAGUUGGAACCAGGCCAGGAGGGAAACAUUGCUGUGAAAUACAAGCCUGACAGGCCUGUUGGCCUCUUCACUGGGUAUCUGGAUGACGAGGAGCGCACCAGUGCAAGUUUUCAUAGAGACUAUUACUUGACUGGGGACAGAGCUUACUGUGAUGAGGAGGGGUACCUGUGGUUUGUUGGAAGGUCAGAUGAUGUCAUCAUAUCAGCUGGUUACCGUAUUGGACCAUUUGAGGUGGAAAGUGCUCUUAUAGAGCACCCUGCUGUGGUGGAGUCCGCCGUGGUCAGCAGCCCAGAUGAAACUAGAGGAGAGGUGGUAAAAGCAUUUAUUGUUCUCAGUGAAGCAUAUAAAACCAUUGACAAAGAUAACUUAACCAAGGAAUUACAGGAACAUGUGAAAAAGUCAACUGCUCCUUAUAAAUAUCCCAGAAAGGUGGAGUUUGUGGAACAGCUUCCUAAAACUGUGAGUGGCAAAAUCCGAAGAGUGGAGCUAAGGGAAAAAGAACAUUCAAAAGAAAAAUGAGCACCAUCAAUUCAUGACUGAAUAAGUUCUAAAAAUACAAUGAAUAUUUUAAGCAACCACGGAGUGGAAGAGAUGCAUGUUUGUGUUCAGCAAACCCAAUUCAUCAGACAGCUGAGCUUUUUUCUUAUAUAUACUGAUAGAAUAACAAAAGUUCCUGUUAAUAGGGAGAUGUGUCCGAUCAUUAAAAUAUCAGAACUUUCUAUAAAUAGGGAGAGUUAUAGAAAAAAUCUACUCUAGUAAGAUGCAGGUAAAUGACCAGAUUUUGUGCCAGAAAAACAGUAUGAAUGGCAGCAAACAUUCCAUCCACUGGGUUUAUACAGAUUAAUAAACCAGCACAGGACACAAAUUAAUACAUGCUAUUUUUUAAAGCUCAGCUGGAAGAAUUUUAUAUAAUAAUGUAUAAAAAGUUAUAAAAAUGAGGAACUGGUUUUGUAAAGUGAGCUGCAGUUUUUACAGAACAUAUUAAUGCUACACCGAGUACAAAAUCGAGUAUUAAUUUUACUUGAAACUGCAAUAACAUUUGUGUGCAGUCUCAAACCUUUUGUGAGAGAAUAUAGACACAAAGGUGCCAAGAGUGCACCCGAGCACAGGGAGGACACAAGACAACUAUGGUCACAAAUGCCUGAAGAAUGGCAAACCGUUUCAAACCCAUCUUAAUUAUACUUAGUGUAGCAUUCCAGAGAUCCCGUGUGAUGUGGUAACGAACACAGCAGCAAAUGAUCACAGAGUUGCUUUAUAUCGCACAAACAACAAGUACACUUAUUUAAGUUGUUGUUGGAACUGACACAUGCCAAAAUAUAUUUGAUAAAUUUCUUUUGAUGUUCAAUGUUUGAAACCACUUGGCAUCAAUUAGUUGGGUUUAGCAGUAGCAAUUGGACAUGAACUAGCUUCACACGCAUCUUAAAAUUUACCUUUUGCGCUUUUCCCAAAUAGCCCCAUGUUAAAACGCUGAUCAGGAAAACUUGAAGCCUCACAGACAAAAUCUGUGAUCCCCAUUAUCAUUAUACCACACAAAUUAUUUUAUAAAGAUUCUGGAAUUAGGUUUUAAAAAAUUGACAGGAAAAAAAAGUUUUGCUGCAAAUGGUCAGACAGACGA